AUGGUGAAACCCGUGGUCGCGCGGCAGCGUGCUGUGAACAUCGCGGCCACAGGUUGUGAGCAGACGCAGCACAGCUCUGCGCUGGGCAGCCCGCUGGCCGGCGGCCGGGACGCGGCGGGCUCGUCGCCCACCUCCAAGCAGGAGCUGGCGCCGUACGCGGGCGCGGGCGCGGGGCUGAAGCCCAACCAGGUGGGCGAGACGUCGCUGUACGGCGUGCCCAUCGUGUCGCUGGUGAUCGACGGGCAGGAGCGGCUGUGCCUGGCGCAGAUCUCCAACACGCUGCUCAAGAGCUACAGCUACAAUGAGAUCCACAACCGGCGCGUGGCGCUGGGCAUCACGUGCGUGCAGUGCACCCCGGUGCAGCUGGAGAUCCUGCGCCGGGCCGGGGCCAUGCCCAUCUCGUCGCGGCGCUGCGGCAUGAUCACGAAGCGCGAGGCGGAGCGGCUCUGCAAGUCCUUCCUGGGCGAGCACAAGCCGCCCAAGCUGCCCGAGAACUUCGCCUUCGACGUGGCGCACGAGUGCGCCUGGGGCUCGCGGGGCAGCUUCAUCCCGGCGCGCUACAACAGCUCCCGCGCCAAGUGCAUCAAGUGCAGCUACUGCGCCAUGUACUUCUCGCCCAACAAGUUCAUCUUCCACUCGCACCGCACGCCCGACGCCAAGUACACGCAGCCCGACGCCGCCAACUUCAACUCCUGGCGCCGCCACCUCAAGCUGAGCGACAAGGCGGCCGGCGAGGAGCUGUGCCACGCCUGGGAGGACGUCAAGGCCAUGUUCAACGGCGGCACCCGCAAGCGGACCUUCUCCGUGCCGCCCGCCAAGCCGCCGCCGCCGCCCGCCGCCGACCUGCCGCCGGCGCACAAGAGCCUAGGCAGAGGGCAAGGCCCUGCCCGGAGCGUGGCCGCGCUGCCAAAGGGCGGCCCACCGGCUCGUCAGGGUGCAGGGGAGCCGUCCUUCCCGCGUGAUGUGCCACGCGGAUCCUGCCCCCCCGGUGAUUAG